AUGAUCUCGACGGACGACGCCGAGUACCCGCGGGAGUACCGCACGCUGGGGAACGGCACGCGGCGCUUCUCCAACGUGGGCCUGGUGCACACCUCCGAACGCCGCCACACCGUCAUCGCCGCCCAGAGCCUGGAGGCCCUCAGCAACCUGCAGAAGGCCGACAUGGAGCGCAAGCGCGACGUCUUCAUAGACCACCUGAAGAACAAGUACCCGCCCCAGCACCCCCCUUCCCCCUCCCAGUCCCACGGCAGUAUGAGGGGGACCCCUGACCGCACCCGUGAGCAGCAACAGCCAAACUACUGGAGCUUUAAGAGCCGAAGCCCGCGACACUCCCAGUCCACGCAGUCCGGCCUCGCCGACCAAGCCGCCAAGCUCUCCUUCGCCUCGGCCGAGUCGCUGGAGACCAUGUCAGAGGCCGACAUCCCUCUCGGCUUCAACCGCAUGAACCGCUUCCGGCAGAGCCUGCCCCUGUCGCGGUCCACCAGCCAGACCAAGCUGCGCUCGCCAGGAGUGCUUUUCCUGCAGUUUGGGGACGAGACGCGGAGGGUCCACAUCACCCAUGAGCUGAGCAGCCUGGACACCCUGCACGCCCUCAUCGUGCACAUGUUCCCCCAGAAGCUCACCAUGGGCAUGCUCAAGUCCCCCAACACCGCCAUCCUCAUCAAGGACGAGGCGCGCAACGUCUUCUACGAGCUGGAGGACGUGCGCGACGUCCAGGACCGCAGCAUCAUCAAGAUCUACCGCAAGGAGCCCAUCUACGCCUCGUACCCCACUGCCCACCUGGCCAACGGGGACCUGAGGAGAGAGAUGGUGUACACGUCUCGAGACUCCUCCCCGACACGUCGCCUCAACAGCGCCCCGUCCUCGGCCUCCCCGACCUCGGCGUCGCCCUCCCGCUCCCGGCUCUCCUACAGCGGGGGCCGCCCGCCCUCCUUCGUGGGGCCCGGCCAGCCCCACCCUCACCCCCACCCCCACCACCCCCAGCAGGGCCUAUCUCCCUCCCCCAGCGCCAUCCUGGAGCGGCGCGACGUCAAGCCGGACGAGGAGGUGACGUCCAAGAACAUGGUGCUGCUGAAGAACGAGGGACUCUACGCCGACCCCUACAACCUGGUGCACGAGGGCCGGCUCAGCAUCGCCUCCACGCAGUCGCUGGCCGCCAUCGGAGACCCCUUCGCCUUCCCCGUGUCCGGGGGGCUGUACCGCCGCGGCUCCGUCCGUUCCCUCAGCACCUAUUCCGCCGCCGCCCUCCAGGGGGAGCUGGAGGAGGCCCUGUAUAAGCCCGGGGGCCCUCUGUAUUCGGACGCCUACGCCUCCACCUUGGGCGUGGGCUUCCGCAUGCCGCCCUCGUCCCCGCAGAAGAUCCCCGACAUGCAGCUGCGCGACAGGGACUCAUACUCCGGCUCCCCCAGCCGAGGGUCGCCCGUGCGCCAGGGCUUCCGGAAAGACUCGUCCUCCUCCGUCUUCGUGGAGAGCCCCAAGUCUCGCUCUGGCUCUGACCCGCUCUGCGGGGCGGUGGUCCCCGGGGGGGAGAUGAACCGGGGUAUGCCGGGGUACAACUCCCCACUGCCAGGCAAUGAGACGGAGACCCGGGAGCGGAUGGAGGCGAUGGAGAAGCAGAUUGCCAGUCUCACAGGCCUGGUGCAGAGUGUGCUGACCAGAGGCCCGGACAGCGACAGCACCGAGAAGACCGAGGGUACCAACGACUGUUCGGGCGCAGGAACUGGACGGAUAAAAAAAAGGAAAGCCCUGACACCGUCUGCGCCUUUAGCCCUGAUGCCACCCCCACCUGCUGCAGCCACACAGGCAACCACCGUCACACGCUUACAGAUGCAGCUGCACCUACACGACCUGCAGCAGAACGCCACCGAACUGCGGGAUCAGCUGUCCCAGCUGCGCAAGAUGCAGCUCCAGAACCAGGACUCAGUGAGGUCACUGCUGAAGCGGACAGAAACAGAGAUCAGCGUGCGAGUGACGGAUGCGCUACGCAAACAGGAAGACCCCCUGCAAAGACAACGCCUCCUGGUGGAGGAGGAACGACUGAAGUACCUCAACGAGGAGGAGCUGAUUAUCCAGCAGCUGCAUGACCUGGAGAAGUCUGUGGAGGAGAUCCAGAAGGACUCGUCUGUAAACCACAGGCUGGUGACGGCUCAGGAGCUGGAGGAGAAGGCUUCGGUGUUGAGGAAGCUGGGAGAGACUCUCACUGAGCUCAAGAACCAAUUCCCCAGCCUACAGAGUAAGAUGCGGGUGGUGUUAAGGGUGGAAGUGGAGGCGGUCAAGUUUCUUAAGGAGGAGCCACACAGGCUGGAUGCCUUACUGAAACGCUGCAAAACAGUCACAGAAACUCUGACCACACUGCGCAGACAAGUGAACGAGGGCACAUGGAAGAACCAAGAGGACUUCACAAGCCCAUUGCCCAAGCAGAGUGAUGAAUUCAGCAAGAGUGCGGACUUUGACAUUCCUACCAGCCCGCCCCUCAACCUCAGCAAUCUGGGGGGCAGCACCAGCCUGUCAAACUGGACACCCCACCCCAAUCCCAGCCAAGGCAACCCCUCCGGCCCCCACCAUGACCUCCAGCCUCCAGGGCCCCUCAAGAACCGGGCCCUGGAGGACAUGUCAGGCCGCCGGGGCGUAGACAAAUCGGUGUCGGCGGAGGUCAGACUGGCUGCAGAGCGGGACUGGGAGGAGAAGCGAGCGAACCUGACGCAGUACAGCGCCCAGGACAUUAAUCGGCUUCUGGAGGAGACGCAGGCGGAGCUCAUGAAGGCUAUCCCUGACCUGGACUUUGCAGCCAAGCAGAUCAACAAGCCCAUGGCGAUCCCCAUCUCCCAAAGCGGGAACACCACCCCGGAGCACCGCUCCAGCAAGCCCCAGCACUCAGCCCACAAGCUCUCCGGCAAGGAGGCCGGCUCACGGCGUGGCUCUGAUGAGCUGACAGUGCCUCGCUAUCGCACGGAGAAGCCCUCCAAGUCACCCCCACCGCCGCCACCCCGCCGUAGCUUCCCAUCAUCCCACGGGCUCACCACCAACCGCACCGGGGAGGUCAUUGUCACCAGCAAGACCAUCAAGUCAGAGUCAGAAGAGACAGAGACCCAGAAACCCCACGUGAAGCUGAGGCGGACUGUCUCCGAGGCCCCGCGGCCCGCCUCCACUCCCCCUGUCAUCGCCGCCUCGGGGGUGAAGGAGGACAACGAUGAGGAGAAGAUCAUCGCCGAGCUGGAGACCGGUAACAGCUCCCCGGGCCUGGGAAAAGCCCCACACCCCUCCGCCUCCUCGCGUCUGAAGCACCUCCAGACCAGUCCAGAAAAGAACAAGACAAACAAACAGCGUGAAGACUUCCUGAAGAUCCAGGGCCAGCAGCAGGUAUUUCACUUCUAA